AUGGGUGAGGGGAGGAGCUGCCUUCUGCCGCUGCUGGCGCUGCUGUUGGCCGCCGUCCCCGGGGCCGUCGCUUCAGAACCAUGGAGGCACAAAGCUUUAACAGAGAUGUUUAUGAGUGGGCUGGAGACAUUUCAUUCAUCAGGAGUGAAGCCACCUCACUUUCAAGAGGCAUUGCAUCAUCUCGCCCUGACAAAUAAGAUUGAUUCAGAAUAUCUUUCAGAUCUGAGCCAAAAGGAUAUAAUGGUGUACAUAAUUGAUAACACCCCAACUCUCACAGCAAAGCAGAUAUGUAGUGUUCUUCUGCAGGACUUGAAUUGUCCAGAGAAUGAUCCACCAUAUGAAUGGACAGUUGAUAUUGAUCUGGGUCAGAAACCACAGUACGUUCCACCAUCAGAUCCAGCGGAGGUUGAGCUUCUCACAGUGCUACAUAUAACAGAUACUCAUCAUGAUCCAAAGUACUCACCUGGUAGCAUUGCAACAUGUGGAGCACCGGCAUGCUGCCGCAUUGAUCAGGGUCAAGCACCGGAUGAAGCAUCUGCUGCUGGUUACUGGGGUGACUACAGGAAAUGUGACAUACCCUGGUAUGGUGUGGUGUCUAUGCUUACAAAUGCUGUCACUUAUAAUCCUUGCAACCAAUCUGUUGAUUAUGUUUACUUUACUGGUGAUGUAAUUGACCAUGGAGUGUGGGAGACAAGUAAAGAAAGGAAUAAUGAGUCAUUCCAGCUUUUUUAUCCAACACUGAAACAAGCAUUCGAUGAUGCACCUGUUUUUCCAGCAGUUGGCAAUCAUGAUGCACAUCCUCAGAACCAGUAUGCACCUGAUGAUGUAACAGAUGAAGCCGUGUCCACUAAAUGGCUGUAUGAAACAAUGGCAAACCUGUGGCAGACAUGGCUACCAGCUGAAAUAGUGCCAACUGUUACAAAGGGUGGAUAUUAUACAACCCUUGUGAGGCCAGGUCUUCGGAUCAUAUCUCUCAACAACAAUGUGUGCUAUAAAUACAACUGGUGGAUUCAUUACAAGCCUGCAGAUCCAUAUGGGCAGCUAAAGUGGUUAGCAGAAACAUUACUUGCAGCUGAAGCAGCAGGAGAAAAAGUACACAUUCUUGGCCACAUACCAUCAGGAGAUAGUAACUGCUAUUCAACAUGGUCAAGAGAAUACAACAGAAUAGUUGAUCGAUUUGAGUAUACCAUUGCAGCUGUAUUCAAUGGACACACACACAGAGACAGGUUUCAGCUGCACUAUGCUUCUGAUGAUCCAUCAAGGGCCAGCAUUGUUGCUUACAAUGGAGGAAGUCUUGUGACAUACUAUGAUGUAAAUCCAAAUUACAAAGUAUACAAAGUAGAUGGAAAUACAGGAGCUGUUGUGGAUUACACUACUUGGAUGUUUAAUCUUACUGAAGCCAACCUUGACCCUGAUAAUGAACCUAACUGGUACAAACUUUACUCCUUCCAAGAAGCUUAUGGUGUAGAGUCUAUGAACUUGACUGAAUUGAACAAAUUAGUCCAUCGAAUGGCCGAGACUCCUGAGAUCAUACAACAAUACUAUGGAUAUUCUGUGAAAGAGGGAGAUCCAAGCUUAGAAUCAGGGUGUGAUGCAGACUGUGAGAGGAGUCAACUAUGUACUAUUGUUACAUCCUAUUUCAGAGACACUACUAAAUGUGAUGAAUUAACAGCAAAUAUGCCUGUAAAAGCAGAAGUUCCAAAUAAGUAA